AUGCAUCUGAUUGGAGGACAAAAUGCUAUAGGUCAUCAUGAAAUACUAUUUAACGAGCCAGGAGGGUCUCAGCAGUCAAAGCUGAGGAGUCUUGUUCCUGAAACAACUUGGAAGAUGAAUUUCAACAUCUUGUUUGGUUUCUUUUUGCUUUUCUGUGUCUCAAUAUCAGCUCAGGAGAACAGCAGUGCUCCUGAAACGGGAUCAUGCGUUCCCAACAUGUGCAAUCUGCUGCAGGAAUUUGGUGCGAUGACAGAGAAACUCAAAGCUGUGGAGGCCAGGCUGCAGGACAGUGAAACCACGCUUAAGAACACUCAAACCAGGCUAAGCGACAGUGAGAACCAGAUCCGGGAAUUAAAGAACAUAGGUAAAGUGUCAUAUUGAGACUGUGAAGAAAAAAUUGUGAUUAAUUUUUGUAGUUGAGAGAACAAUGUUUGGUGUAACAUUAGUGGAACGUGAUUUUUGUCCAGUCAUCUGUAAUAAGUUAAAGUAGGAGGACAAUUUUGAGGUCUAAAUGUUGACAGUGAGUCGUGUAAAAAUCCAGCAUACCAGGUCAUCUGAGUCAGUGACAUGUUGAAGAUUAACAACGAAAGUUUAUGGUGAUAUCAGCCUUGAGAGGGCCGAUACCGACAUGAUGCUGAUUUACUGUUUAAUCAACAGCAGAUCUUGAUUUAUUGAUACAAUGAUGUUUUGUUGGACACAGAGGAAACUAAAGUGGUAUUCAGCGCUACAUUAGGAGGACCAGGCAGAAACAUUGGACCAUUCAACACAUACACAACUUUGAUAUUCAGGAGAGUGAUUACAAACAUCGGCAACGCCUACAAUGCAGCCACAGGUAAUUACACCAGAGUACAACAAUAUAGAGAUUUAUAGACUGCAGCUCAUAAGGAGCUAAGUAAUCAUUAAAAGCACCUCCUUUCUUCAGUGGAAUAAAACCUUGUUGAGAUGUUAGCUAAGCUUACUAAAAGGUGAGGACUAUAGAUCUGUAAUCACCCUGUUGUGUCCACAGGUAUCUUCACUGCCCCUGUAGCUGGUGUGUAUUACUUUAGCAUGUUCUUCCAUGUUGGAGGAAGGAGUCGAGUGUUUCUGUACAAGAACUCCCAGCCGAUGCUUGAAAGCGCUGAUCAUGCAUCAGACGCUGACACAGUUGAUAAUGGAGGAAACGCAGGAUUCCUUCAGCUGCAGCCAGGAGACCAGGUGUACGUGCAACUUGGUGUAGAUUCCCAUGUUUGGGCAAACGACUACAUCACAACUUUUAGUGGAUUCUUAGUCCAUCUGGUGUGAAAUGGAUCUGUUGGUUGUCUGUUAUUGUUUUUGUUAGGUUUGUUCAUACCGUCCAGAAGAUGAACCAUCGUUUUCCCUAUAUAAGUGUCAAAUAUUCUGUCAUUAUCAUUUCUCAUGCUCUGAAUAAAGUCCUCAUAAUUAAAUGUACUCUUUAAAUCACUCUCCAAACAGAAGUCAUGAAGAGUUAUCUUUUCCAAUAUGGGGACUGAUUUUGAUUGGUUUAAAGUGACAUCAUUGCGAGUGUGUCCAUGUGAAUAUUCAAGUAAAUCUUCUUUUUCCAUUCUAAUAAAAAAUGAAAUAAAGACACAGACAGACAAAUCCGUCAUGAAUCCCGUCUUAAAAUGCACAUACAAGAAUUAAAAAAGUAUUCUUUGCCUUCAUUUAUUUUCUGUCUACAUGAACUGUUAUUAAUUUAACAAGCAGUUUGAUCAAACUAUUCAACAGCCAUAACAACAACUAAACAGCUUUAACCUGCUUUUUACUCUCAGAUUGAGGUCAGUGAGUUUAACCUGGCCUAGAUUAGUCCAUGGUAACCUCUGAGUAAAAGAAAAAAGAUUGUAACGUUGGGUCCUGAUCCAGAUAAUAGAGUCCAGAUCUGGGCUGCAGCCUGCCCACCUCAAUUGCUUCCUUAAUGCCAAUCCACUGAGCUGGCAAGUUGAACAACAGAGUCCUUACAUGUUAACAAGACAAGUAAACCAUGUGUCAAAUCCAGUGUUGAAAAUGAACCACUCAUGAGUAAAAGUGAGCUGAUCGAUCAUAUCAGGCAGACUUCAAGUGGAUGAGCAGUCUCUAAUCAAGUUGAAAGAUGACUCUCAAUCCUUCCCACAUCCAUACAUCAAUACAUCCAUACAUACAAUUUCCUUGUUCCUGACUCACUGAGUUGGCAAAUGAAAUUCCUUGUAAAAAGGAGAAAAAAAUGUUAAAAAUGAAUUGUUCCUUGUUAAAAAAAUAUAAAACCCUGGAUCAGAGUUGAAGUGACUUGUCCAUGAAUCAACUUGGAGGAUGAAUAGCACUACUUUUUUUUUUGCUUCCAUGCGGGUUGGUUUCAGCCCGUGUCAAUGCCAAUUCUCUUGAAUCAUGAUCAUGCUCUCCUGGCAUGUGCGAGCUCCUGAGAGCGUUUGAUGAUAUGAUGAAAAAACUCAAAGCUCUGGAAACCAGAAUUAGGGAAAGUGAGGAGUAGAUUCUGGAGCUGAAGAAGAAAGGUAAGGAUCUUUUUUUCCUCUUUUAUGUUUGAAUGAGCGUGCUUAAUUCGGAUUAAACUGCAAAUAAAGAAAAAGAGUCCUAUCUGAAAACAACCUCAGGGCGCAAUCCUCGGUCCUCUGCUUUUUAGUCUGUUGAUAAAUAACACGCCUACAACUUGACCUGAUGCUGUAGUCCAGCCAUAAAUAGAUGACACAGUCACAUGUACCUCAGCUGAAAAUUUUUUUAAUGUUACAGGAAAUAGUUAAUAAUUAGACAUAUAAAUGAAAGAGUGGUAAUCAGCGUGUCUGAAUAAGGCUCUAUUUCACUGUGUAUUAAAACCACAUUAUAUCCCCUCGUCCUUAUUGAAUAAAACAUUCAAUUAGUACUUUAAAACAAGUAAACUUUUGUCAAUAUCCUCAGAAAAGUCACAGAAGACUAAAGUUCCUUACACACUGGGAGCGAAUUCGCAAUGCGCAAAAGCAACUGUUAUUUAUUUGCUCUUGUGUCGAAUUUUGUGGAGGCGAAAAGGCGAACGGCCAGACCUCUGACCAAUCAAAAUGAUGUUGGUAUGUCGAUGAUAUCACAUCCAAACUUUACUGGCAGCAUCAGCCCUAGUCUGUAUUCAUUCAUCAUGACUGAGCGCUUCAUCAGUGUGCACGACCGCCCUGCUUUAUGGGACAAGUCCCUUAAAAUAUUCCACGACACUCUCCUCAAAGAAAAUAUAUGUCAGGAAAUAGAAGAAGAACUUACCUGGUGAGAAUAUUGAUGUCAUAUCGAUCCUCAAACAUAGAUGUGUACCGUAGCUAGCAUAAUAUGAAGCUAAGCUAGCAUAAUAUGAAGCUAAGCUGGAUUUUAUUCGCAUAAUCGCGUCGCGCCCAGUUUGUACAGAAAAAAUUCGCCGGUGAGACAUUCGCCUUUUCGCGUCACUUCGCCUUUUGCCCGGUGAGUAGAGACCAACAGUUCAUGAUUCACGUGGUUUAUAGAGGGCUCUGGUUAAUAUAACAGUUCAACCAUGAAAUAUGAUGCUGUUGUUUUCCAAGAGAGGAUUUUAAAAAAUACGUCACAUCAGUGAAUGUCUUCUUCAUUUAUUUUAUUCUAUUUUUGACAUGCACAGAGAUAACUCAGGUGAUUUUCAGUGCAGCUACAGGAGGAGGAUUCUCAUAGAUCGGACCUUUCAGCAUGAAUGUGAUACUCACAAAAUAAGUAUUUUGUUGAGGUAUUAUUACUGUUUGUUUCCCCUUCUCUAAGAGUCACAUUUUGGUUUAUUACAACUGUAUUACUUUUCUUUUGCUGUCUAAUUUAUUUAUGUGAGAAAUUACAGAGAAACAGACAAUGGCAUGUGGUUUUACAAAACGGACACUUGAUGGCAGCACCGACCUGUGGCGUCACUGGGACUUUACGGUAGGUAACGGGAGCUGGGCUGAUUAUCCGGGUGAAUGGAGAAUGAGGAUAUACAUCUGUCCUGUUUUCUUGAUUCCUGUGGAAUAUUUCUCAUAUUUCCAGGUCAGUUAUUCAUAUUUUAUGUGAUCACAGAAGUUUAUAAGCUAAAGGGAAUCCCCAGUGAUGUGUUAUUGGUGAGCUAAAAGUGUGUUGCGAGUGUAAACAUCGGAGUUUAGCGGUACGUGAGUAUUGUAGCAGAGAAAAUGGCGCCGACGCCGCAGCUCGUUGAUUUUUUCCCCCGUAUGUUUCUUUUGGCUUCCAGGUAUUUGUAAGUUAUUUCUGUGUGUGUUAAAAGCGGUUGUGUGUAUGGGCAUUGCAGGGCUCUCAAGUUUUGAACUAAGCUUAGAGUGAGAUUUCCUUGGGGGGGGGGGGGGGGGUAGUAUAAUAAUCUAAUAAAUACAAUGGAGUAUGAGGGCCACAUUAAGAAAGAAAAAAACAUUUUUAAAUCUUUGAGAUUAAAGUUAUUAUUUAGGAGAAUAAAGUCAUUAAUGACUUUAAGAAUAAAGUAGUAAAGUUACCUGUUGUGGAGGAGAGUUGUUAAAAUCAGCACUGAGGAGCAUUUAGAUGAAUUGUACUUUAGUAUAGGUUUCACAGACAUGGAGAUACUUAAUCCUUUGGUAUAUCAGCAUUACACUGUCACGAGUAUCGGAACUUUAAAAAGAAUAUAUGAGAAAUGCUGCUUUUGUGGAGGGGAAAUGGCUGUACAGAGGCUAAAUUCAUCAAUGCAGCUGUUAACAGCAAUAGCAUAGGGCUUUAGUUUAUCAUAUGAGUUUAUCUGCCAUGAGGUGUUGAGGUCUCUGCAUGUGUCGGUUACUGACUUACUGUAAUCAUCGGGUCUUUCUCGUCCUUAUAAAAACCUGCUCUAUUUCAGCAAGUGUCUGUCUUCUUCUGUAGUCAAACCGCAAGAUAUCAAAAUCUAUCCGGAUACAGCAAUGCUGCUUUUUGAUUGGCUGUUCAGUAGAUAUACUUUAUUUGAUUGGCUUGCGCGUGGCACGCAGCUUCUGAACUCUCGGAGAAACUCCGUUGAUUUCCCCCUGUUUCAUAGUUAAAGAGGUGCAACUUGGUGGACAUCACCAUGUUCAUUUAAAUGCGUGAGAAAUACAAUGUGUGGCGUGUGAGCGUGUGAACAGGUGGGAAUGCGUGUGUCUCACGCUGAAUGCGUGAGACUUGAGAGCCCUGGCAUUGUUUAAAACAGAGCGAACUAAUGUAAAUAUGUAGUGUAAGACUGGAUGAUAUUUGAAAAAACUAACAUUGCAAUUUUUUCAACUCUGCGAUAUAUAUUACGAUAUUAAAAAUAGAGGAAUUUUCACCAGAUGACCAGAAUAGCACUUUAUUUUAUGCUCCACUGCUGAAAUCUUGAGAACAGAUAACCUGUUUGUGAAUGUUAGUAGAAUGGCUUCUGUCUGUCUUAGAGAUAUUUUUAGCUUGCUUUUAUUGUGCUGAGACUUAUUUCUCAGAGUGGUAACUCUUCGUCGAUAAGUGACAUUGCUUUUCUUUUUGCCAACAACAAGUAUUCAUCUUAAGUGGUAAGUGAUGUUGCUUUUAUUUUGUCAACAACAAGUAUUCAUCUUUGGCGGUAAGUGACGUUUAGGCCUGUCACGAUAACAAAUUUUGCUGGACGAUAAUUGUGCUACAAAUUAUUGCCGAUAAACGAUAUUAUUGACACCGUUUUUUUAAUUAUAGGUAAUGAUAAUAUAUGGCAUCAUAAUGCGAGUACACCAUGUCAAAAGCAAUAAACUUUAAUUGCUCAAGAUUAAGAACUUUGAACUAGGAUGAACAAAUAUAAUAAACAAGACAACCAAAAAACAAUGAAAAUAAAAUGGACCCACAUUCUGUUUUAUCAAAAACUGCAUUCAAAUAAAAAACACAAUCACAACUACAAACAAUAAAAAAAAUAGACCUUGUCACUGGUACGGAACAAAAACUUCACUCCACACAUAACUAUUAAAACAAUAAAUAAAGUGGAGUCUCGAGUGUGUAAACAAAAUUGCACUAAAUAUUUAGCUUUGGGUGCUAUUCCUCAACAGGUCAACAAAGAACAUGCAUGCGCACCUCAAGCACAAUCAUCCCCGCGGAUGAUUGUGCUUGAGGUGCGCAUGCAUGUUCGUCGUAUUCCCCUUCUUUGUCAUCAAAACUUUCGUACAAAUGCGACAUAUCGUCCGUGUUCGUGGGCUCGCCUCUUUCAUUUUAUUUGAAACCGAAAUGUUCCCACACUGGGGCUGUUGCGUUGGGCUUAGACACCAAAGCUGUCGUUUCAUCAUUCAUUGAGUUUGCUCCACACUGUGUCAGUAAGUCUGUGUGUGUGUGUGUGUCUGUGUGCGUGUUAAGUUUUCAUCUCCCAUUUGUGUUUAAGAUAUUGGAGUUACGAGUCUGGCGUAUUAAAGCACAGCUAGCGUAACGGAAAGGCGGGAACAGAGUUGUGAUUUGCGAGGAAGCUAUUUACCCAAAUCUGGAAAGUCAAUCAAAAGUCAUCACGACUAAAAUGCUGUUAAUAUGCUUCAAAACUCUUCUACAGGUGAUGCAAACAGGGCUACAUCCAUAUACACUUUACCGUUUAUAGUAUCGUCUGAAGUGCAUCAAAGACGAAAACAAAGGACUCUUUUUUUUUUUUUCUUUUUUUUUAAAGACUUAGUGUUUUUUUUCAGUGAGAGAAAAUAAUUCGGUUGUAGUUUUUGCUUUUUUGUUAACAAUGUUAACCUCAGUCCAGAGACUAAAUAGCCACAGAAAAAGCUUGAUCUGUUUUUCAGUCUUGAUGUGUGACUGAAUUUGUGAUCGUCCGUGGGAUCAACCAGAUAAGAAGGUAAGAAAAACUUUAUUUCCUCGUGUCAAACGUUGCCUUGACAUUUGCUACUGGAAAUUGAGGGUUAUAAAACAAUGACUUAAUGUUCCUCUGAAUUCUGUUAGCUACUCAUUUAUUUACUGCCCUUGUAUCUUAUCUUGCUUCUGUUUGUCUUGUUGCUUUUAUUGACGAGUUUAAUAAUGUGCCAAACACCAACUUGUUGAUUACUUGAUAACUGAUAAAAAAUAUUUCCUUGUUCCUGACUCACUGAGUUGGCAAAAACAAUUCCUUGUAAUAAGGACAAAAAAUGUUAAAAAUGAAUAGUUCCUUGAUUAAUAAAAAAAAGAAAUAUAAUGUCUUCUUAAUUUAUUUAAUUCUAUUUUUGACAUGACACAGAAACAACUCGGGUGAUUUUCAGUGCAGCUACAGGAGGAGGAUUCUCACAGAUCGGACGUUUCAGCAUGAACACAACUACAACACCUACAAUAACGCAACAGGUAAUUUUUCGAUUUUUUUGAAAACUUCUUUAAACUUAGCCUUUCACACAUGAUCCUCCUAAACCUCCAAAAUUUCACACAAACAUUUAAUAAUCUCAUACAGAAUAUGUUAAAUAUUCUGCUUUGUGGAUAAAACUGCCACACCACAUCUAUUUUGGACUGUCCUUGACCUUUAAACUAAGUGGAUGAGGGAAUUUUAUGUUGAUUUACUUUUUCUUAUCUAUUUCGCUAAACAAUAAAAAAAGGUUAAUUAUUAACCACGUUUGGUAUACAGUCAGAUUCAAAGAAAACUUGAUUUCCACUGACAUUGAAUAUUUAAGACUGAUGGUUACAGUACAUCUGCAUCACUUUAGUGGUGUUUCACUGAACUCUGAUAUAUGUUUAGUGUAUUUUAUUUUACCCAAAAGUGCAGAGAUGUACCAGCAAUGUGCCAAAGAUCAACCCUUCAGUCCUGCACAACCAACUAAUGACUUUAAAUUGCAAUGGAAGCAUUAUUUAUUAAUUGCUCACUCGUUAAGUUAUAGCCACAGGUAACUACACUAGACCUCAACUGUAUCGAGAUUUAUAGAGUGCAGCUCAAGAAGGAGCAAAAUAAAAGUGAUUGAAAGCACCUCCUUUCUUCAGUGGAAUAAAAUCUUGUAGAGAUGUUAGCAAAGCUUACUAACAGGUGAACUAACUGCCCCUGUAGCUGGUGUGUAUUACUUUAGCAUGUUCUUACAUGCUGGAGGAAACAUUCAAUCCUCAAUGCAUCUGUACAAGAACUCCGAGUGGAUGCUUGAGAUCGCUAAUCAUGCAUCAAGUGACAGAUCUGAUGGUGGAGGAAAUGCAGGAUUCCUUCAGCUGCAGCCAGGAGACCAGGUGUACGUGCGACUUCCUGCAGAACGUCAUGUUUGGAUGGACAACUACAUCACAACUUUUAGUGGAUUUUUAGCCAAUCUGGUGUGAAACAGAUCUGUUAGUGGAUUUUUGAUGAUUGCCGCUGAAAUAAAUUCACAAUAGUAUAAAGAUUAAUAAAAAUGCUAAAACCUGAAGUGAUUGACUUCCUGUUUCCUUUUUUGUUAAUGCUGAAUCUCAUCUGGUAAUCAAUAGAAUGAAGGCAGACCAAGUUUGUUCAUACCCUCCAGAGGAUGAACCAUUGUUUCCCUAUAAAUUUAUAAUGUGAAAUAUUCUGUCAUUAUCAUUUCUCAUGUUCUGAAUUAAGUCCUCAUAAUUAAAUGUACUUUUAAAAUCCCUCUCUAAACAGACGUCAUGAAGAGUUAUCUUUUUCUAAUAUGGCGACUGAUUUUGAUUGGUUUAAGACAUAAACAGACAAAUCCAUCAUGAAACCCUUCUUAAAAUGCAUAUGAAAAAAUGAAAAAGGAGUAUUUAAGCGUCAUUUGUUUUCUUUCUACAUGAACUAUUACUAAUUUAACAAGCAGUUUGAUCAAACUAUUCAAAAGCCAUAACAAUAAUUAAACGGCUUUAACCUGCUUUUCACUCUCAGAUUGAGGUCAGUGAGUUCAACCUGGCCUAGAUUAGUCCACGGUAACUUCUGAGUAAAAGAAAAAAGACUGUAACGUUGGGUCCUGAUCCAGAUAAUAGAAUCUAGAUCUGGGCUGCAGUCUGCCCACCUCAAUUGCUUCCUUAAUGCGAGUCCUUACAUCUUAACAGGACAAGUAAACCAAGACAUCAUUUAACUUUUACCCAGAGUGUCCCUGUCCCAAGUGCAUAUGUGGACACCCUUAUGUCUGAACAUGUUUUUUUUCAUGGACAAUCUGUGACGAGCACAAAAUUUCAAUUACAAAGCACCACUCUGGUUCAGAUCGGGCAUUCCUCCCAAUCACGCCUCUCCAGGUCUCACUGUCGUUGCUAACAAAGGCAGUGAAGACCCCCGGCAGAACCAGGGAAUCCCCAGGAAAGAGCACUCUCCAGCACCCCAUCUAAAGACUCCAAGAAGAGUGGAAACUCUGAGAUGUUGUGUGGAGCAUAGGCACAAACAACAGUCAGGAUCCAUUCCCUCGACCAAAGAUGAAUGUAAGCUACCCUCUUGUCCAUUGGGGUAUUGACACCCCUGUGUGGCGCCUAUCACCAGUGGCAACCCCAGAGUGGAAAGAGUCCAACCCCUCUUGAGAGGACUGGUUCCAGAGCCCACGCUAUACAUUGAGGUGAGUCUGACUGUAUCUAGCCAGAACCUCUUCAUCUUGCGCACCAGCUCAGACUCCUUCUCUGCAAGAGAGGUGACAUUUUAUGUCCUUAGAGCUAGAUUCUACAGCUGAGGAUCGGACCGUCAAGGUCCCAGCCUUUGGCUACCACCCCACUGAAUGAGGGGAAUUUUUCAUUUCCAUGGGACAAUAAAAAGAUGUCCUGCUGUAUAGAUUUAUUAACAUAUGAACAAGAACAAGGAAACAAAAUGAAAGUUCGAGUUAAUCAUUGUUCUUGUCUUUGUAUACAGUCAGAUUUGGGUCACUUUAUCUCCAGGAGGACUGAUAAAAAUGGUUGUAAAGCACAGUCCCUGCUGAUGCAUAAAGAGACUCAAUAAAAGAGUUGUUUCACCCUUUUUUAUGACCCAUGUUUGAAGAAGCAUUUUCACAGAAAAACUGUUUUUCACUGAUAUUUCAUAUUUGAGACUGAUGGUUACAGAACAAAUACAUCUGCAUCACUUCUGUAGUGUUCUGCUGUACUCUCUGAUAUCUGUUUACUAUGUUCAGUUGCCCUAUUUUUCUCUUUUAUGCCCUGCACAAACAACUAAUGAUUAAGUGUCCCAGUGAAUGCAUUAUUUCCUUAUUGCUCACUCAUUUACUUUUAUAACAGUUUUCUAAAGAAAAGAUACGAAGCCACGCAUCUGAUUGGAUUGCGAAAUGCUACAAGUCAUCAUGAAAUACUAUUUAACCAGCCAGGAGGGUCUCAGCAGUCAAAGCUGAGGAGUCUUGUUUCUGAAACAACUUGGAAAAUGAAUUUCAACAUCUUGUUUGGUUUCUUCUUGCUCUUCUGUAUCUCAGUUUCAGCCCAGGAGGAGAGCAAUGCUCUUAAUACAAGAUCGUGCAAUCUGCUGCAGGAAUUUGGUGCAAUGACAGAAAAACUCAAAGCUAUGGAGGCCACGCUGCAGGACACUCAAACCAGACUACAGGACACUGAAACCAAGCUGCAGGACAAUGCGAACCAGAUGCGAGUAUUGAGGAACAAAGGUAAAGUGAAGUACUGAGACUGUGAUGAAGAAAUUGUGAGAAAUUAAGAGAAUAUUUUUAGGAUGAAAAUUUUGUGGUUUAAAUGAUGCCAGUGAGUUGUGUAGAAAUCUAUUUUUGCGACACCUAUUACAAUCUAGCAUACAUGCUCAUCCAAGUCAGUAACAUGUUGAAGAUUAACAACAAAAGUUCAAUUUCAGCCUUGAGAGGGCUGAUGGCGGCAUGAUGCUGAUCCACUGGUAAAUAAACAGUAGAUUCUGAAGUAUUGAUAUGAUAUAUGUUUUGUUUGACACAGAGGAAACUAAAGUGGUAUUCAGCGCCGCAUUAGGAGGACCAGAAAGAAACAUUGGACCAUUCAACACAAACAUAACCCUGGCCUUCAGGAAAGUGAAUGCGAACAUCGGCAACGCCUACAAUGCAGCCACAGGUAAUUACAGUAGACUAGAACAAUGAGUUCAACUCAUGAGAUGUUAGCUAAGCUUACUAAAAGGUGAGGACUAUAGAUCUGUGAUCACUCUGUUGUGUCCACAGGUAUCUUCACUGCCCCUGUAGCUGGUGUGUAUUACUUUAGCAUGUUCUUACAUGCUGGAGGAUUCAGAACAGGGGCGAUGCUUCUGUUCAAGAACUCCAAGCUGAUGCUUCAGAUCUAUGAACAUCCAUCAAAUUCUGACAGAUCUGAUAAUGGAGGAAACGCAGGAUUCCUUCUGCUGCAGCGAGGAGACCAGGUGUACGUGCAACUUCCUGUAGGUUCUCAUGUUUGGGCGAACAACUACAGCACAACUUUUAGUGGAUUUUUAGCUAAUCUAGUGUGA